CCAAUUGCUCAAUUUGCACUGCAACCAACAAUAAUAAACCUUGAAUCCAAUAAAAAAAUCAUUAGAUAAAUUAAUAUCGUCUAACCCCAUACUUUUCCAACGCAUCACUAUGUAUACAAACCUCCCCAAGCAAACUCGAUAACCAUCUCUCCGUCGUACCGAGUAAUGCCUUGCGCUCCUCUUCCGAAGUCCUGCGUCCAACACCAGAGGCUCAGCACCACACCCGGCGGCGGUGUCACCAACGGAAGCAACAUGACCCAGGGGGCGAUUGCCGGCGGCAAGACGGUUGCGGGGGAGCGGUGCACGGCGCACGCGGUGCCGGAGGAGGUGGCGAGGCAUCACGAGCACGCGGUGGGGCCGCGGCAGUGCUGCUCCGCCGUGGUACAGGCCAUCGCCGCCCCCGUGCCGACGGUGUGGUCGGUGGUCCGCCGCUUCGACAAGCCCCAGGUCUACAAGCACUUCGUCAAGAGCUGCCACGUCCUCGUCGGCGACGGCGACGUCGGCACCCUCCGCGAGGUCCAGGUGAUCUCCGGCCUCCCGGCGGUGACCAGCACCGAGCGCCUCGAGAUCCUCGACGACGAGAGCCACGUUCUCAGCUUCCGGGUCGUCGGCGGCGAGCACAGGCUGGCGAACUACCGGUCUGUGACCACCCUCCACGCGGCCGGCGGGGGGACCGUGGUGGUGGAAUCGUACGUGGUCGACGUGCCGGCGGGGAACACGACGGAGGACACGCAGGUCUUCGUGGACACCAUCGUCAAGUGCAACCUCCAGUCGCUGGCUCGCACCGCCGAGAGCCUCGCCCGGCGCGGCGCCGCCGACGGUGGGCAGACUCGUAAUUAAGUCCGGGUGCGGGGGCUUCUUUUUUUGCAAGCUGGAUCGUUUGGUUUUUCCUCGUCUCCUGGGGCUCGUCCCCGGGCGCGGGGACCACCGCGCCCACCCACUUGGAAUGGGACGACGACUACGUUGUACCGCAUAGCCAUGCCCUUCGUUUCUCCCUCUCCUUCUUUCCUUUCUUUUUUUUCCCGUUCUUCUUCCCCUUUUUCUCUCUUUGAUUUUUAUUUUUCUCUCUUUUUUAAGGAUACAAGUACUAUAGACUAUUGUGAAUAAUGUCCCCACUCACUCUCUUUCUCUCUCUAAUUUUUUUUUUUUUUUUGGUACAAUCUCUAAUUUGUUCAUACUUGUCUUUUAAAGCAAGGUUAUCUUUUUGAUUAUAUGUGUGAUCCAAGGUGCAACAUGCGAUGGAUGCUGCAUUCGAUUAUAACAACUUUUUUUACUAAGAUUUACAAAUGAGAGUGUGAAGAUAGUGGCCUAUUAGAGCCAUGGAGUUGCAUUAGAAUAAAACUGUGGCUGAAAACUGCCAGAACUUGAAGGGGGCUGCCUGGUUACAUUGAACCAUGAAAAAAUGUUAUAGAACGUCCUCUCUUUUGGCUCAAAGAUGGCAGCUGUUUUGGAGAGCAUUAAACCUUUUACUCCAAGGAGCCUAU